CUCGCAGCGUCAACCUCAGGCGACAAGCACUCCUCACCGUCCGAAUAACUCGUGCCACUGUGCAUGCCACUCCAAAAGCCGAUCAGCCUCGCAGCCCUCUACAAGUACAGACCCGCUCAAUCUCCCUUGCUCACGAUCGAACCAACGUUUGCUGAAGCCAUCUCCCCAUAGAAGGGAACCUAGCUUUCGCGACACGCCGGCGCAGUCCUUGUCUACCGUCAAGAUUCAGCCGUUGGCAACUCUGGUUGGAAGGUCAUCCCGAUCGAAAGAGAAACAAGCCAUCCCAGUUCUCGUUUCCGAGAUGGGAGAGCUUCCCAGCAAAUCCCGGGUUAGUCUCUCUUUGAAUUCUCUCUUUCGAUACUUGAUCGUUUAACGCCACGACUAGACUACAGCGAGAAAUGUUACAGUCGAUGAGUCUUCAAAAAUGGUGCGACUUCUCACAUCUGUUCCUGUUCAAGCAUCAUGGAUAUCCCCGAGAAGUCGGAAUUUCACUCUUUGCGACCUUUGAAGCGGACCAGGACGAAGCCCAAGGUAGGCGAAAUUUAGAAAGGAAACCCUGCCCGCUAUUUACGACUUGUCAGCGGUCUUCUAAGGUUCCUUGCUCGAAUGCACCAGGGACUUGAACGCACUGACGAAUGGGCAGACCCGAAUU